AUGGAGGUGUCAGCAGGCCCUCACACAUCCAAGAGACUCACACGGGCAGAGAGGACGGACAGCAGCUGUGCCCUGCUGGCGCUGCAGGCAAACCUCUGCCAUGGCAUGGCUCAGGAUGUGAGGCAUGUCAAUGCAGAUCAAACGCAGAGGAGGCUGCCUGCACCUCAGAAGCUGGGAUCUCUCAGUGCCUUGCCAAUGGAGGCCCUGCUGGAUGAUGUAGCCCAGCGCGACAGGAUGCUGUCCUUCAUGCGAGGUUGCAUGGCGCCGGAGGUGAUCACAGCGCUGUCCAGCAUGGCAGCUGCCAAGAUGCUGCCCAUAAACUGCGCAAGGCCCCUGGAGGGAACGCUGGCUGCAGCCUUUGUGCUGUGCCAGCGGGCCAACCUGAAGCCUGCCAUUCUGGCCACCCAGCCAGAGCUGCUCAUGGCCGUGUUCUGGAUCCUGGAGCACCAGUACCGCUCCCACUUGAGCACCAUCCUGCGCAGCUACCUGGACUACAUGCAUACGGCUCCUCGGCAGAAGCUCUACUCGAUGAAAUGGUGGAGGACCGAGAUGCUGCGGUGGCAGGGUAUAGUGCUGCAGAAAGCUUCCUGGAGGAUGCACAUCGAGGAAGAGCGCGAUCUGGCACCGGUGCUGGCGCUGAUAGAUGGGCUAGGACUCUCACACAGGCUGGCUGCCAUCUGCUCAUGUGUCCUUACGGACGCGCAACAGCGGAUGGCAGCUCGCAGCAGAAUCAGCCGCACUCCACCCACAGUGCAGCGCCCAGGGCCAGUCAGGCAGCCGCCUGCAGAGAAGCACCUGCAGCGAAUUGCAGCACCGACAACUCAGCAGCACUUGCAGGCCACAGCACAGAAGCCACUGCUGCCUGGGCAGUGGUACUACCAGCAGGCAGUUGCAGCGAUCGGCACGAAGCCGGAGGCGAGGCAGCAGAGACCCAGCAGCAGUCACAGAAGAGAGCAGAGAGAGGUCACUAGAGCGCAUGCACCCAUGGAGGUUUCUGCAGAGCCCCCAUCAGCCACAGCCCUUGCAGAGGCUCAUGCCGAUGCCUCUGAGGCAGAGCUUUCGCAGUCCUUUGAGCAGGGAUGCAAGCUGCCCAGGACCCAGGCAGAUAGGAUGGUGUCAGCAGAAAGGUAUGCCAUCCAUUGUCAGUCCCAGUGCACUGAUGUGCUGCAGCUGCGCAGAAGCCAGCGCCUGCAGGAAGCUGGGCAGAGAGCUGCUCCCUCCAUGCAGCUGCCCAUGCCAUCAAAUUUGAGGCAAAUGUCGAUGACCCAACAGCUGCAGUCUGAGGUGGCCAGAGCAGGAAAGAGGGCGCGGUGA